GUAAUGCUACAGAACUAUAUUUAUUUGGGACUCAGCUGUGCACAUGUUUACUAGGGAUCAUCCCGGGAUGCGUGUUUGUACAUCAAGUCAUUCUGCCAAUAUUCUACAACCUCAAAAUUGUUUCUCUCAGCCAAUACAUAGAGAAGCGCUACAAGUCACGUGCACUGAGGAUGCUGGUGACGGGUUGCCAGCUGCUCAUGAUGUUCUUCUAUUUGGGCAUCUGUCUGUACACUCCGUCCUUGGCUCUGUCCACCGUCACCAACCUUUCCACCACAGUCUCAAUGGGCAUCAUGGGCUCCGUCUGCACCUUUUAUAUAACAAUUGGGGGAGUGAAGGCCGUGGUGUACACAGAUGUGAUGCAGACUCUGCUCAUGUUCGGUGGGGUGUUGCUGGUGGUCACCAUCACCUGUGUUGACCUCGGUGGUGUCGGUAAUGUUUGGGCUCUUGCUGACCAAGGCUCCAGGAUCGAGUUCUUCAACCUCGACACCAGCCCGUUCGUGCGUCACACUUUCUGGUCAACUACAGUGCUGGGCUUCUACUUGAUGGUGUCCAAGGUCGGCAUCUACCAACCUGCAUACCAGAGGUUUGCCUCUCUCAGAACACUCAACCAAGCACAAGGAGUUUGCAUUGCCUUCGUUGUGGGUCUGUGUGCAAUAUGGUCAACAUUCUACUUCUCCGGUCUGGUUGCCUAUGCCACCUACAAGGACUGUGACCCGCUCACUCUUGGCAGGAUAGAGAAACCUGACCAGAUCUUACCGUACCUGGUGAUGGAUAAGCUGGACCACCUCACUGGUGUUCCUGGGAUAUUUGUGGCGGCUGUGUACGGUGGUGUUCUCAGUUCGCUAUCCUCCUGCGCCAACUCUGUGGCCUGCCUCCUCUGGGAAGACUUCCUCAAACAUCUCUCACACUUCAGGGACGUGAGUGACAUCAGAGCUACCAGCGUUGUCAAACUUCUCUCGGCACUGGCAGGAGCGUCGGGGAUGGUGGUGGGGAUGGUGGCGGGGCAGCUAGGCAACGUCUUCCACGUGACCUACAGCGUCUCCGGGGCCAUCCUCGGCCCCAUGAAUGGAGUCUUCCUGACCGGCAUCUGCGCACCUUGGGUUACCACUAAGGGCGCCGUGGUGGGGUUUGUGACGGCCUUCGCCUACAACAUGUGGCUGGUGGUCGGCAAGUUCAUGCGUGGAGGAGGGUCUCCGCCCCGCCUGCCGCUCUCCACUAGCGGUUGCCUGGAGGACGUCGUCAUGCAUGCUAACACAACCAUCCUCGCCUUUCUCACUAACACCACAGUGACGCAUGAUCUGACGCUCAACGCUUCUUCUACUGUCAA